AUGGCUUACACAGUGGACGAAAGGGGUUCCUGGGUGAAGCCGUCGGACAAGGACAACAGAGCAUCCUGGCUCUCCGGCAGCACCCAAUACUCUUACGACGACCCGGAACAACAAGACUCUGGAGUACCCGUCGUCAGCGCCCCUGCUGCUCCCGGCUCUUCCCAAUCUCCCUCAGAAAAACCCAACACCCCCGCCGCUGCUGGCGACUUCCCGGAAGGCGGAUUCCGCGCGUGGUCCGUGGCGGUAGGGACGGCGGCGGCGCUGUUCUGCACCAUGGGCUACCUCAACAGUUACGGCGUGUAUCAGACCUAUUACGAGUCGCACCAGCUAUCCUUCAUGACGCCGUCGGCCAUCUCGUGGAUCGGCUCGCUGCAGAACUUCUUCGUCUUCUUCAGCAGCCUCUUCGGCGGCGCCCUCUUCGACCGUUACGGCGGGCCCGUCAUCGUCGCCCCCGCCGCCGCGGCCUACGUGCUGUCCAUCAUGAUGACCAGCCUGUGCACCGAGUACUGGCAGUUCGUGCUGGCCCAAGGCGUGCUCGGCGGCAUCUCCAACGGCAUGGUCAUGAGCCCCGCGCUGGCCGCCACCUCGCAGUACUUCUCCAAGCGGCGGGGCGCCGCCAUGGGUCUCAGCAUCGCCGGCGCCUCGCUGGGCGCCGUCGUGUUCCCCAUCGCGCUGGUCAAGAUGCUCCCGGACGCGUCCUCGCCCAACAUCGGCUUCCCCUGGGCGGUGCGCGUGUGCGGCUUCAUCGCCCUGGGCAUGCUGAUCUGGCCGUGCAUGGCCAUCCGCGCCCGCCUCCCUCCCCGCAAGAACAGCCUCAUCCUCCUCUCCGCCUUCCGCCGCCCCGUCUACCUCGCCACCGUCGCCGCCACCUUCCUCCUCUUCCUCGGCUUCUUCACCCCCCUCUACUACCUCCCCAGCUACGCCGUCGCCCACGCCGGCCUGUCCCCCUCCCUCUCCAACUACCUCCUCGCCAUCCUCAACGGCGCCUCCUUCUUCGGCCGCAUCGUGCCCGGCAUCCUCGCCGACAAGCUCGGCCGCUUCAACACGCUCGCCUUCGCCGGCGUCUCCUCGGGCAUCCUCACCCUCUGCUGGACGCGCUGCACCACCGCGCCGACCGUCAUCGCCUUCGCCGCCCUCUACGGCUUCAGCUCCGGCGCCGUCGUCUCCGGCUUCACCGUCGCCCUCGCCUUCUGCGCCGACCAGCCCAAGAACAUCGGCACCUACAUGGGCAUGGGCAUGGCCGUCGCCUCCAUCGCCAUGCUCAUCGGGCCCCCCGUCAACGGCGUCCUCCUCGCCCGCUACGGCGGCUUCGACGGCAUGGCCAUCUUGAGCGGCGUCGUGUGCAUUGCCGGCGGCCUCGUCUCCUUGGCGGCCAAGGUGCUCCAGGGGAAAGGGGUGUUGUCGCUAUCGUAG